AUGGAAAAUCAGAAUGAGGAAAAAUCAAAACACUCGAAAACUGUGACAGAAAGUAACAAAAUAAGUCAAACGAAUUCCAAGAAUGAUUGUGAAAGUGGAAAAUGCGAAUUAAACAACGAGGAUCUCGACAAAACGGAUUUGCCACAAAAGGCAUUGCGUCAAUUGGUUAAUCCACCUCCGCGUUUACGGCCACUCACAGAUCUGCCAAAGAAAAGGGAAGAGGGGAGGUAUUUCGAGAAAUUAACUUCCGAAAUAGUUGGAAUAGGAAAAGAUAAUCCCUCAAUAAGCACGACAUUAGGGGAUGGAACAAUACAGAACCGAAAUGAAAAGGAUGUAUCAAAGAAAGAGAAUUCAACAAAUACUUUCUUUUAUUGUCGAUUUAUCGUAAAAUUUCCUUUACUAGCUUUCUUGUUGUCCUCUACAAUACACAUAUUUGCAAUAGUGACUACAGUAGCCCUGCUUGGCGCUGGGAAAAAUGUGUUUCCCACGGAUUUUAAAAGGUUACCCUUGGUCCUGUACGACGACAGCACUAGAAAGCAGGAUCUGGCAUGGCGCAGUAGAGACUCCUACUCCUUAAAGAUAACGAGGCCUGCACUUGGGUUAUACAAUCACUAUCCUACAUGGGCGCGAGGACGGGUUGGGGAUAUCUUGGAGGUCAUUUUACAAGUAGACAAUGGCGAUAUUUUCAGCCAACCCAACCUCAUACUUAUCCAACAAAUAGAAAAUCUGAUGUUCAAUUUCAAGGAUUAUAAGUCCAGACAUUGUCAAAUUGACGAGUUUUAUGAGUGUGUAAAACCUUGGUCGGUAAUUCGCCUUUUUGAUGGAACAUACAACAGUAAUAGUUCAUACAACAGUAAUACUUCAAAAUUUAACAAAUUAAUCUUUAAAAACUCAAAAGACGUUUUGUGCAAUGCAACGAAAUCGGAUGAAACAAAGGAGUUUGUUGAGUUCAUUUUUCCCAAAGGAUAUAAUCCAUGUCGGCCCGGAAGUGCGUCAUCUGUAACGAGAAUACUUCUGCCAAUGGGAUAUCCCCUUUGGGGCGAAAAUAAUAAGACUCGAAUAGAAAAUUUCUUAGUCAAUGAAAUGAAACCAAAUAUUGAGCAUAUUCGAGACAAUAUUCUUGGGGACAGAAUGUAUUUAUACUACACAAGCGAAUUAAUUUUUGAUAAUGACGUCACACAGCAGGCCUUUGAUGACAUGUUAUUCGCAAUUGGGAGCUUUUUAUUUAUUUUUCUCGUUAUGUGGAUUCAAACUAAAUCUUUCUUCAUAACAUUUUUUGGAAUAUUCAGCAUUUUAACAAGCUUUUUACUGGCAAAUUUAGUUUAUCGAUAUGUGUUUAAUUAUGAAUAUUUUGGAUUUUUUCACAUCAUUUCCAUGUUUAUCAUUCUUGGAAUCGGUGCAGACGAUGUUUUUGUGUUUUACGAUACCUGGCGCCUUACCGGUGAUUGGGAUUACCCGACAAUGGCUCAUCGCCUCACUGACUGCUACUACAGAGCCGCCAAGACCACAUUUAUAACAUCUCUGACCACAAUGGCAGCUUUCUUAGUUAGUGGUACCUCUCCGCUCCUUCCCGUGGCAUCCUUUGGUCUUUUUACAGGUGUUUUAGUGGGUGUCAACUAUAUAUGUGACUUGAUAUAUUUCCCAACUGCUAUUAUUUUGUAUUCAGAGAAAGUUAGACCUCGUAGUAACAGAUUCUAUUCAUGGUUAUUUGAUACAAAAUGUUUUAAAUUUAUAAAAUGUAAAGUUUGUGAACAUGAAACAGAUAUAAAUGAAAACCAAGCAGAAACUGCAGGGUCUUCAACAACUUCUAUAUCUUUUGUGUGCUCCCCCCAACGGACAGUACAAGAGGAUAUAUCGCAUCUCUUUCCAGAAAUAACCCCUAAUCAUAGUCAAACGCUUAAUCAUAGCCAAACAAAUUUAAAUAACCUACAGGAGUCAAAAAGACGUGAAAUACAUAUAGCAAAAAACCUCAAUGACCAAGGAAAAACAAUGCAGAAAGAAUUUGAAGACAGAAUGUUAGUUGUUCGGUUUCUUCGUCAUGGAUUCUUGUCAUUUAUGUCUCUCAAAGUGGUCCGUUUUCUGAUUCCAGUUAUAGUCGUUGGAGUUUCGUCCUUUUUCAUAUACAGUGCUACUACCCUGGAACCCGACAGCAAACAGGUACAAAUAUUCCGAUCCACACACAACCACGGAAAAGCUUGGUACCAUCGUUACUACACGUUUCAGAGAAAUUUUGAGGGAGAGUACACGAGUGUGUUCCUUGUAUGGGGAAUGCUGGGGAAGGAUAUGAGUACUUGUAAUCGCAAAAAAUCAGAUUUCUGUGGGGGGACAAUGGUGUGGGACGACACGUUUGACCCUUCGUCACCAGAGGCACAGAAGGCAAUCUAUAAUCUGUGUCAACGUUUGGAAAAUGCAAGCGAUUCAGAAAUAAAUCAACUGAAAAUAAGAAGAAACGCCAUUACUAACAAACCAGAAGUCAGUUGCUAUCUGACAGCCAUGGAAAGAUUUCUUCGGGAAGAUGUCCAAAAGUCGGAGAAGGCCUACCCUUCUGAUCUGAAUGUUGGUAUUCCAUUGGAUGAGGUCAACAUGACAAAAUUCAUGACUUCCAACCCUCGCAUCUAUGGUUCACAACUUACUCUCCCUAAAGACUAUAACAGAUGGCUGGAGAUUGGACUUGGUUAUUGGCUAACCAAUAAGUAUACAGGCAGGGUGCAUCCGGACUAUUUUAUGUAUGAUCACCUUAUUGGAGAAGAAUAUGUUGUGGGAGAAACAAAUAUAGCAGAGAACACGUAUUUAGGACUAUUUUACGGUUCAAAGCUUAGAUAUUUUGGAAUUCAAGUCAAUUUAACAGUAAGAGUUAACACCCUUGGGUACAGUGAAGGAGGACCGCUCUAUCGUGCAUGGGAACAGUUUAUGAGCGAUAAAAAAGCAAAAAUGCCACCAUCUCUAAAGAAUGGAUUCCAGUGUACAAGAAAUACAUGGCACUCGAUACGAGUUCAGGAGGUGCUCUCAGAGUCGGCAUACUUUGGAAUACUUAUUGGUUUGUCUCUGGCUCUGCCAGUUCUAGUCCUCACCACCAUGAACUUCAUCAUUGGGUUUUUAGCGUGGGUCAUUAUUGCACUGGUGACGGUGUGUGUCUUGGGGUCUAUACCUCUGCUUGGCUGGAAAUUAGGGGUCCUCGAGUCCCUUAACCUGUGUAUGGUGGUAGGCCUAGCUGUGGAUUAUGUUGUACACUUGGCAGAAGCUUACAAUGUUUCACCAAAUAUCACGCGAAAGGACAAAACUCGGAACAUGCUGGAAAAGAUGGGACUUUCUGUCCUCUCAGGUGCCUUCACAACAUUUGGGGCUUCUGUGUUUAUGCUGGGUGCUCAUAUUAAGUUUGUUUAUGAAUUUGGAAUAUUUGUCAUGAUUACUGUAUUUACAUCCUUGUUUUUCUCUUUGUUUGGUUUCACUUCCUUCCUGUUGAUCUUUGGACCUGAGGGAAAUACAGGUUCUAUAACGGCAUUGUUUAAAAAAAAAUUUUGUUGCAAACAAAAUCGCCAAUUUAAACCAAAUGGGGGAAAACCCUUGUCCAUGCCCUUUCCCCCAGAGCUUGAUCCGCCCAUGUUUCCUAAUAGUCUCAAAUCCAAUGUGCCAAAAUUAGUUCAGCUUGGAGUUCAGUCGUAUUUGUAA